AUGCCCCCGAUGCUGCCCGCCUUGGGCUGGUCCGGGCUGCGGCGGUUUGCAGUGAAAGUUACACAAGAGCUGAAAAACAUUCAGGUUGAGCAGAUGACAAAGCUUCAGGCCAAGCAUCAGGCAGAAUGUGACCUACUGGAAGACAUCAGAGCAUUCAGUCAGAAAAGAGCUGCAAUUGAGAAAGAAUAUGCACAGAGCAUUCAGAAGCUGGCUAGCCAAUACUUAAAGAAGGACUGGCUUGGGAUAAGAGCUGAGGAACGAAGUGAUUAUAGGAGCAUGUACUCAGUUUGGAAAUCACUCUUAGAAGGCACCAUGCAGGUGGCCCAGUCCCGACUCAACAUCUGUGAGAACUAUAAAAACUUAAUUUCCGAACCAGCCAGGAGUGUCCGGUGCUUUAAGGAGCAGCAGCUGAAGAAGUGCGUGGACCAGCUGACAAGGAUCCAAGCUGAAUUGCAGGAGACAGUCAAAGAUUUAGCUAAAGGCAAAAAGAAAUAUUUUGAGACUGAACAGAUGGCUCAGGCGGUGCGGGAGAAAGCUGAUAUUGAGGCCAAGUCCAAACUUAGUCUUUUUCAGUCAAGAAUAAGCUUGCAGAAGGCAAGUGUGAAGUUAAAAGCCCGACGGUCCGAGUGCAAUUCCAAGGCCAUCCAUGCCAGGAAUGAUUAUCUCCUCACUUUAGCAGCUGCCAAUGCACACCAGGAUCGCUACUAUCAGACAGACCUCGUCAACAUCAUGAAGGCUCUUGAUGGAAAUAUAUAUGAUCACCUUAAGGAUUAUUUAAUGGCAUUCAGCAGGACUGAACUAGAGACAUGCCAAGCUGUACAAAACACAUUCCAGUUUUUACUGGAGACUUCCAGCAGGGUGGUGCGGGAUUACAACCUCCAGCUGUUCUUACAGGAGAACUCUGUGUUCCACAAACCUCAGCCUUUCCAGUUCCAGCCCAGUGACAGUGACACUAGUUUUAAUGCAGUUCAGCUGGUGGAGAUUGAGCCCUCACCUGUCAGUGCUAUGAGAAUGACCAUAGCAGAGAGCCGGCAGCUGGAGUCCGAGACGGGGACGACAGAGGAGCACAGCCUGAACAAGGAGGCGCGGAAAUGGGCGACGCGCGUGGCCCGCGAGCACAAGAACAUCGUCCACAGCCAGAGGACCCUGGAAGAGCUGGAAUGCCACGGGCCCGUGAUGUCCGAGCAAACCCGAGCGGAACUGGAGCAGAAAAUAGAUGAAGCCAGGGAGAGCAUUCGCAAGGCUGAGAUCAUCAAGCUGAAGGCGGAGGCGCGGCUGGAGCUGCUGAAGCAGAUCGGGGUGUCCGUGGACACGUGGCUCAAGAGCGCCAUGAACCAGGUGAUGGAGGAGCUGGAGAACGAGCGCUGGGCCAGCCUGCCCCCGGUCACUAACAACGGCUCGGCGCACCUGGUUAAUGCUGAUGCAGAAAAGGAAGAAGGUGAGGAGUUUGAAGACAGCAUGGAUGUUUUUGAUGACAGCAGUUCUAGUCCUUCUGGUACUCUCAGAAAUUACCCUCUCACCUGCAAAGUUGUUUAUUCCUAUAAGGCUUCUCAGCCAGAUGAGCUGACCAUAGAGGAGCACGAGGUGUUGGAGGUCAUUGAAGAUGGAGAUAUGGAAGACUGGGUAAAGGCACGGAACAAGGCGGGACAGGUGGGAUAUGUGCCCGAGAAGUACCUGCAGUUCCCCACCUCCAGCAGCCUGCUGAGCAUGCUGCAGUCCCUGGCUGCGCUGGACACCCGAUCCCACACCUCCAACAACUCCACCGAGGCCGACCUGCUGCCAGGCAGCCUCAACGGGGACUCCAACGUCUGUUUUGUAAAAGCACUUUAUGAUUACGAGGGGCAGACAGAUGACGAGCUGUCCUUCCCGGAGGGAGCCAUCAUCCGCAUCCUGAACAAGGAAAACCAGGAUGAUGAUGGUUUUUGGGAGGGAGAAUUCAACGGCCGCGUCGGGGUCUUCCCCUCCGUGUUGGUUGAAGAGCUCACGGCCUCAGAGAAUGGAGAGACUCAGUGGAUUGGGGAUAUCCAGGUAUCCCCGACUCCAAAGGCCAACAACUCCCUGCCACCACUGCCUCUGUAUGACCAGCCUCCCAGCAGUCCCUAUCCCAGCCCAGAUAAGAGAGGAUCCCAGUUUUUUCCCAGAUCUCCAUCAACGAACGAAAACAGCUUUGGUUCAGAGUCCUCUGGAUUCUCCCAGCCUCCACGAAUUCCUCCAGAAAGUUCCUAUGGCAAACUGCGGCCUGUGCGAGCAGCUCCACCCCCCCCGACACAGCACCACCGCCGGCCCACGGAGAAGAUCGAGGACGUGGAAAUCACUCUGGUGUAACGAGGGGACUGGCUAAUUAGUAGUGCUACAAUCAAGGCCAAACACAGCUUUUGGUCAAUCUCAUUUUUAGGCACCUUUGCAUGAUGAAGACUUGGACUAGAGCAAGCGAUAGGGAGGAUUUUAUGUGGCAGUGACCUGGCGGAUUCCUUCCCACAGUCAUGAAUAUUUUGUGCCUUUUGUUUUCUUGUUUGUUUGUUUGGAUUUCUCUACGUCAUUCUUCCUCUCUUAGCACAAACCAAGACAGGCCAAGAUUGGCUUUUUUUUUCUUGGCUGAAGAUGCUCCAUUUUUAUGUGGAGACAAAGAAAGAGCCCUGUUCAUGCAGCUUAGUCUUAGCAUCCUUUGCUCCUGUGCAUUAGUACAGUAUAUUACUGUUGCCAUAGGAAUGUGUUAAAGAUUGUGGAUCCUUCCAGUAGCAUCACCUGCCUGAUCAGGUAUUCAUCAGAAGAAUGAAAAAGGGAACAGAAAAAGAAGUCUAAAGGAGAGGCUGGCUCCUCUUGAAUCCCCCUGCAGAAAGGAAGGGACGGGAAAAUGAUCUCCUGGAGAAGCAAAAGCGUUCGUUCCAUGGGUGCUCCCCUUGUCAGUGAUUCACAGCUGAACAUUCUGCCUUUGGAUUUUUGUGUUUACUCAGUGCAUUUACUCGUAGAGGAUCUAACAUGGAGGUGCUGAACCAGCAGCAACAUCUUCUUCCACAGCAGAAACCAACGGGUAGAAAAGCAAAAAAGCAAGUGAGAUUUUGUCUAGAUCUGGA